CAAUGGUAGCAACCCACUCCCUCCUCGGCCGUUCACAGGCCCUCCGUCCAAAUUCUUCCGGCCACCGUCUGCCGGUUCCCUUUCUCGUUCUCUUUCUCACUUUCGUCAUUGUAUGUAUUUCUCUCUUUUGUCCUCUCUCUGAUCUGCGUUACCAGAGCCCAAACUCCGAUCCUAACACUUUCAACGCCGAUGACCAUAUCAAUCCGAUCCCGUGGAGUUCAAUGAACCAGACCCAGAAAGCUAGAGUUCAAACAUACAUCAGCAACCAGACCGAGGUGGCUUUUACUAUCAUGAAGCAGCUGUUUUUGAGUACUGAAGCCAAGAACAAAAAUAUGGUGUACUCGCCGCUAUCCAUCCACAUGGUUCUCAGCCUUUUAGCCGCCGGGUCAAACGGCCCUACACAGGACCAGUUGCUCACCUUCCUCAGGUCCAAGUCCACCCAAGAGCUCAACUAUCUAGCCUCUACUCUCAUGCCUCUGUUCUUCGCGAAAGAAUCACCAAAUGGCGGGCCUAGCUUGUCAUUCACCAAUGGCGCUUGGGUAGACAAGUCUCUUCCCGUCAAGCCUUCUUUCAAACAGGUAGUGGACGCUGCUUACAGGGCUGCCUUAAAGCAAGUUGAUUUCAACGGCAAGUCGGAUGAAGUUAGAAUGGAAGUGAAUUCAUGGGCCGAGAAGGAGACUAAUGGUCGCAUCAAAGAUAUUCUUGCUUCUGGCUCAGUUGACAGCCUAACGAGACUCAUUCUCGCAAAUGCAUUAUACUUCAAAGGAGAUUGGAAGGACAGCUUUGAUGCAUUAGGAACAAAAGAGUAUGAUUUUCACCUUCUCAAUGGGAACUCAGUUAAGGCUCCUUUUAUGACAGAGUGGAUAACAAGUUGGGGAAGGCGGUAUAUAAGUGUUUUUGACAGUUUCAAAGUUUUGAAACUCCCUUACAAACAAGGUGAAGAUCGUGAGAAGUGUUUCUCCAUGUAUGUGUUUCUUCCGAAUGAAAGAGAUGGGUUGCCAGCUUUAGUUGAGAGAUUUUCUUCCGAGUCUGGGUUCUUAGAUCGGCAUCUUCCCCGCAAAACAGUUGAAGUUGGUGCCUUUAAAAUGCCAAAGUUCACGUAUUCUUGUAGAUUUGAAGCUUCCAAAGUUCUGAAAACUUUAGGGUUGGAGUUGCCUUUUGUUCCUGGAGGUUUUACAGAGAUGGUGGACUCACCUAUGAGUGAUAGCCUAUAUGUUUCCCACAUACAACAUGGAUCAUUCAUUGAUGUUAAUGAGGACGGUACAGAAGCUGCUGCUGUUACGGUUGCUGUUCAAACGGGUUCAACUUGGAGUCAGGAGAAGAGGAUAGACUUUGUGGCAGAUCAUCCCUUCCUUUUUCUUAUCAGAGAAGAAACCACUGGAUCGGUGUUGUUCAUUGGGCAAGUCCUCAAUCCAAUUGAAGACUGACUUAUUAUGUGUUAGAAUUUGAGCUUUUACUUUGUAUUUGAACAAAAUAUAAUCGAAACCACAACUUUUGGAUGAUUUGAUUAAUU